CGACGAGCGGUCAGGUGACCGCGCUUCGUCCCGACAAUCGCAUUUCCCUUUUUUGUCCCGUCCCAACCCAUCUUCGAAUAUGAUGUGGGAAGACGUCUCACCACAGCACCCUGUGGAAACGCAGCCGACAAUAGGCCUGAUCGGGAUGGGUGCUAUGGGCCGUAUGUACGCUAAAGCUCUGUCGAAGGCGGGGUGGAAAAAGAUCCACGUCUGUGAUCUUCCUGCAAAAUACGAUGGCCUGACUCUCGAAUACGCCGAUGUGCCGGGUGUGACUGUUCUCAGAGAUGGGCACGCCGUGUCCCGAUCCUCUGAUUUCGUCCUGUACUCAGUCGAAGCGGAGUUCAUAGACGCUGUCGUCGCUCAAUACGGACCCUCUACGAAAGUGGGCGCUGUUGUUGCGGGACAAACGUCUGUCAAGGCUCCGGAAAAGGCCGCCUUCGAGAAAUAUCUUCCUCAGGAUGUCCAUAUUGUAUCGUGCCACUCUCUGCAUGGGCCUACCGUAUCGCCAAUCGAUCAGCCUUUGGUCAUCAUCUCGCACAGGGGACCCCAGGAUUCAGUCCAUCUCGUCGAAAAUAUCCUCCGCUCCUUCGGAUCCCGAUACGUCUACCUUUCUUACGAGGAGCACGAUCGGGUCACAGCGAACACUCAAGCUGUCACGCAUGCAGCUUUCCUCAGCAUGGGAACCGCAUGGGCCUCCAGAAAAACUUAUCCUUGGGAGGAGGGCCGCUACGUCGGCGGUAUUGAGACAGCCAAAGUCAACCUCACACUUCGGAUCUACUCCAAUGCAUGGCAUGUCUAUGCGGGGCUCGCCAUCCUGAACCCCAGCGCUCGAAUCCAGAUCGAUCAAUAUGCCGAAAGCGCCUCAGAUUUGUUCAAAUUAAUGCUCCAAGGUGGCGCGCCUGGCGGCGAAGAAAAGCUUCGCGAGCGUGUCAUGUGGGCGAAGAACAAAGUGUUCGGGGAUGACAUGACGCGGCAGCCGAUUCUGCUCUCAGAAGCGGUACUGGACAGAUUCAGCCUCGGAACGUCGCGACCCAGCUCGGAGGAGGGUCACGAGAUCGGCAACUCCCACCUUGCUCUGCUGGCUAUGGUCGAUUGCUGGGCGCAUCUUGAUAUCAAGCCGUUUGAGCAUCUGGCAUUGGCUGCAACUCCGAUAUUUCGGUUGUUCCUUGGUGUCGCAGAGCAUCUGUCCAGGACGCCCGCACUGCUAGAUUCCGCCAUCCACUCGGCGCUCCACGACAGUUGGCAUCGCAGCGAUGAUCUUGAGUUUGUCAUCGCAGCUCGCGGCUGGAGUCAGUGCGUAAGCUUUGGGAGCUUCGAGCUCUAUCGGCGGAGAUUCGAUGAGACGAGGGUGUUCUUCGAGUCGAGAUUCGAAGAGGCAGGGAAGUUGGGCUCGGAAAUGAUCAAGGCAAUAAUGGAGACAGAGAGAGAACGCGAGGCUAAACAGUCACAUAAGUAACUUGUUGGCCCAUCCCUGUAGUGGUAGUGCACUCCACUUGGCGCCAGAUUUCGCUUUCGAAACUGGGUGUGGCCCGGCAGUCCGGCCCGAUUCGUCCGGCAAGCGAAGACGAGCAGUCUGUCUGUCCUGUCUGUCACGGUCACCGACCAGCCACCCUUGGAUCCCACUCUCACAGAGACGCAAUGUCUCUGCUGACGCCCAUAAUCGCCAUAUUCAAUGCGGCAUUGCAGCCCGUCGCGCCGUUUACCUGGUUCAAUAUCUCCAUCAGCACCUUGGAUGUAGCGGCGGCCUUCCGUCUCUGUCUCAUCCUCCGACAACUUAAGGAAUCGUUGCACAAGGACCACAUAUCGAAACAUGGUCUCAAGUCUAUUGAAUCCAGAUCAUUCGCUCGAGAUGUAUCUACAACUCUUACUGUCGUCUACGGUGGCGAGGUGAUGACAGCUCCCUUCCUCGGUGUACCGCCAUCCUUUAUGAUCUCUGGUGUAGUCCCUGUCUUCUACACGGUCGUGCAAGCCAUCGUCGAAAUGCUUCCCUCUGUGCCCCCGAUGACAAUCCACACCGAACUUCCGCUGGCGGUCUUGGACGGAUUUACCCGUGCCUUUCUGCUGUGUAACCUGAUACCCCCGCCUGUGACGGCCAACUCGUCUCCGCUACUCGCUUCUUCCCCUUGGACGCUGCUAGUGACAUCUCUGGUUGCUGCGAACGGGGGCUUCUUCCUGACGAAUCUGUUCUCCUUCCUGAACCCGACACCACUUGCCCUGCAGACACCCCCGGAGCUGCAGGCGCACGGAUGGACCACCACCGACUUGUGGUGUGCGCCGCUGAUCACGGGGAUCUACGCUCUCCUCACGCACGCCCAACCGUUCUGGGUUGAUGUGCACACCGUGCUGUCCAGCAUGCUCGGGGGGAGCGUAGCCGUGAGUGAGAAGGGGGGCAGCUUCGUCGAGCCAGUGGACCCGGAUACCGCCCGGGCGGCUUGCGCUGCGAUCCUGGCGACCUUCUUCGUUGUUCGUUCGGUGAAGAACUUUGCGCCCCAGCUCUGGCAGAAGAAAGCUGAGAAGCUCAAGACGCAAUGAGCAGUCGAGAGAUAGAUGUACAUAGAAUGUACUUGCACGAUCAUAACGAGCCUUCUGCACGUCUGCGAGUCCUACCGAUGCGCGUUCGAUCGGAGCGGCGUGAUAAUCGCGUGAUGGCGCGUGACUCGCUCCACUCAUCACACACGUUCGUCUCGCAUAUGCACUUUGAGCCUCAGGCGCACCACGCCCUAUGAUGCUGGCCCUGGAAUAACUAGCACUCACGCGCAACUCCGCAUACUCAUGCACAAGACAACUGUGCAACUUGCGCUCUUCUGUGUACUUGUUGUCUGGUUGGGCCUCACUUGGUGUCCGACGAGUCGAUUCGACGAAGCAUUCGGGUGGCAGGAGAGCGAGCGUGAUAUCCAGAAACUGUGGGGCGCAUAUACGCCAUAUUAUCCGGUGCAGGAGUACAAAGCGCCUCCAGCCGGAUGUGCUAUAACCCAAGUGAACAUUCUGCAGCGGCAUGGUGCACGGUUCCCGACCGGCGGAGCGGCCGCGAACAUCAUCUCUGCUGUGCAGAAGCUGCAGCGCGUGCACGCGCGGUACACGCAUCCCGCGAUGGCGUUUCUGCGCUCGUUCGAGUAUGAUCUGGGCGUGGCGGAUCUCGUGCCCUUCGGUGCGCUGCAGUCGCUGGAGUCCGGGAAAGAGAUCUUCGAACGGUAUGGUGAGCUGGUAGAUGAGGAUCAUAUUCCCUUUGUUCGAGCGUCGAGCGGACAGCGGGUGGUUGAUAGUGCCAACAAUUGGACAACAGGUUUCGCGGUCGCGUCGCGACAUGUGUAUCGGCCUAUAUUGAAUGUGAUCCUCUCUGAAGAGGGCAACGACACGUUGGAGAACCACAUGUGCCCCAAUGCUGAGAAGCCGGAGGAGCUGACGCAAGAGUGGCUUUCGCUCUACGCGCCAGCGAUCACCUCCCGUCUGAACAUGUGGGCCCCGGGAGCGGGGCUGACGCAUCCCGAGACCGCGGCGCUGAUCUCGAUGUGCGCGUUCCACACUGCGGCGCUGGCAACGGGCUCCAACUUCGACACGCUGAGCCCGUUCUGUGAUCUGUUCACCUCGGAGGAGUUUGCCGCGUUCGACUACUCUGCGGAUCUGGAGAAGUACUACUACACGGGUCACGGGGCCCGGCUCGGGCGUGUGCAGGGCGUCGGGUAUGUGAACGAGCUGCUGGCGCGGUUGACGCGUUCAGCUGUGCGCGACCACACGCAAACGAACCGGACGCUGGAUAGCGAUCCAGCGACUUUUCCGUUGGACAGGACUAUCUACGCCGACUUCUCACAUGACAACACGAUGAUCGCCAUCGUCGCUGCACUCGGCCUGUUUCGGCAGCGCCAGCCGCUCAGCGCGAGACAUGUCGAUCCGUCAAGGACGUGGCGGAUUCACGAGAUGGUGCCGUUUGCAGGCCGGAUUGUCGUUGAGAAGUUGGGAUGCGGAGAUGGAGAGUUCGUGCGGGUGCUGGUCAACGACGCAUUGCAGCCGGUGGACUUUUGCGCGUCUGAGAUAUGUCGACUCGAAGAAUUCGUGGAAAGCCAGUCCUAUGCUCGCAGUGACGGAGAGGGCGACUGGGAAUUGUGCUACUCAUAAGGAGACGUGUAGAAGUAGAAGGGUGUCAUGUUUUCGCUAGUGACAGCAAUA